CGCGACUUCCGGCGCGGAGACGGGUCGGCGCGCGCGGCCGCAGUCCGGUUGACUUUGCGGAGCCAUGGAGGGCAGCUUCGGCUCGGACUUCGGGGGCUCGGGCGGCGGGAAGCUGGACCCGGGGCUCAUCAUGGAGCAGGUGAAGGUGCAGAUCGCCGUGGCCAACGCGCAGGAGCUGCUGCAGAGAAUGACGGACAAGUGCUUCCGGAAGUGCAUCGGGAAGCCGGGGGGCUCCUUGGACAACUCGGAGCAGAAGUGCAUCGCCAUGUGCAUGGACCGCUACAUGGACGCCUGGAACACCGUGUCGCGCGCCUACACCUCGCGGCUGCAGCGGGAGCGGGCCAACCUGUGACCGAGCCGGACGCCGCAGGCCGGGCGUCGGGGCCGGGUCUGGACCUUGGUGGGGGGGUGCUCGGGCCCCGCUCCGCUGUGACCCCGCGAGGGCGAAUAAACGGCUGAGCGAGCGCGGG